CAGGCAGGGAGCGAGCAAACUGACUGCGAUCGCGGGCACGCGCUUUCGGCUUCAUUCUUCUGAAGUGACACGGCGUGUGUUCUACCUGCCGGCCGGAGAAGAGCACCGAGCAUUGCAACUGAGCGGGGUGCAUACAACGGGAGUUAAGGGUGACAGGAGCAGUGAAGACAGCCAUGUGCACAAAAGUGUGACGCGAUCCCUCGGGGCUGAAUGAGGAGCUGGUGAGCGACACCGCCGCUCUUCAGAGCAGCUCAUCGCCCAGUGACGCCGUACCGGUCGGCAAUCUGGAGGCUCAACGAGUAGUCUAGGAAGGGGGCACGUCCUGACUCUGCCUGAACCCUGUGGACAGUAAGGAGGGUGAUCAGACGAGGAAAUACCUGCCUGGCACUAAAGCUCUUUUUUUCAUUUAUCCUGAAGUCGGAACAAAGUUGCAGCUCUUUGUAAAUGUGCACCCGUAUUGAAUAAUUGAAGAGGAAAAGGAACGCACAAAAAGAACAGAGAAAUCCCAAAAGACAAAGGGAUACCAAGGGGCAGUGACAGCAGACAGGUCUGUGGAUACCUGCUGAACCUUACAGAGGGGGGUCGCAGUGCUCAAAUUUUGCCGUCCUGAUUAGAGGAAACAACUUUGAAUUUAUUCCCUGCCGUUGUGAUGAAUACUUGCAUCUGAUCUACUGUGCUCACGUUCUUUCUUUCUGACUCACUGGUGUGUUUCACUGGACUUUUGGAUUCACCAACUUGUUCACUUUUGUUUUUUAUCCUGCACCUGAAUCUCUAUUUGGGCAUUCUGUGGAAUUUUGGAUCGAAAAAAUGGGGUGUUUCUGUGCUGCUCAGGAGGAAUUUUACUGUGAAGUUCUGCUUCUGGAUGAAACCAAAUUGACACUGACAACUCAGCAACAGGGAAUUAAGAAGUCAACGAAGGGGGCGGUUGUCCUGGACUACGUAUUCAAUCAUGUAAACCUGGUGGAGACGGAUUACUUUGGACUACGUUACUGUGACAGGAGUCAUCAGACGUAUUGGCUGGAUCCAGUGAAAACUCUUGCUGAACACAAAGACUUGAUAAACACAGGACCACCGUACACGCUAUACUUUGGAGUCAAGUUUUAUGCCGAAGACCCCUGCAAGCUGAAAGAAGAAAUAACAAGGUACCAGUUUUUCCUCCAAGUAAAGCAAGACGUUCUUCAAGGCCGCCUGCCUUGUCCUUUGAACAUCGCUGCACAGCUAGGUGCAUAUGCCAUUCAGUCUGAACUUGGAGACUAUGAUCCAUUCAAACACACUGCAGGCUAUGUGUCAGAGUACCGAUUUGUACCGGAUCAGAAAGAAGAACUCGAAGAAGCCAUUGAACGAAUUCAUAAAACUGUUACGGACCAAGUUCCUUCAGCUGCUGAAAUGAAUUAUUUGGGUGUUGCCAAAACUUUGGAAAUGUAUGGUGUUGACCUUCACCCUGUAUUUGGAGAAAACCACUCAGAGUAUUUCUUAGGCUUAACGCCCGUGGGAGUCGUAGUCUACAAAAACAAGAAUCAAGUUGGAAAGUAUUUCUGGCCAAGAAUCACAAAAGUGCAUUUCAAGGAAACCCAGUUUGAAUUGCGAGUGCUGGGAAAAGAUUGCAAUGAGACAUCCUUCUUUUUUGAAGCACCUAAUAAAAUUGCUUGUAAACACCUCUGGAAGUGCUGCGUGGAGUACCAUACAUUUUUUAGAAUGCCAGAAAAUGAUUCAAACACUUUGUCCAGAAAAUUAACCAAAUUUGGUUCUCUUGGCUCAAAACACAGAUACAGUGGGAAAACAGCACUACAGAUGGGUAAAGAUUCAACUCUUCAGCUGCCACGACCAGAUUUACAAGUGCCUAGAGCUCGGAGCAAGACUUACCCGAAAAGGACGGCUCAGUCAUCUCAGCAAGCAGGUUCAAAUAACGUGGCUCGAACAAACACAAAGACUGAAAAUCAGACAGCCGAAGGAACUACCAAGAUAAUGGCACCUUCUCCAGUAAAGAGUUCAAAAAUAAUCAAGCAAGACAGCAGCCCAGAUGCACAAAAUGAAAAAUCCACUGUCCCCUGGGAUGAGAAUGGGCCUCAGAGUGGUUUAUAUAAUUCUUCAAAUGAUCGUACUAAAUCUCCAAAAUUCCCAAAUCCUAGACGUCGGACCCCUUCAGGUGGGAGUGACAAUGAAGCCGUGCAGCCACCAAGACGCAGGAAAGGGCAGAAUAACGAGGAUACUGAUUUAAAGCAGCAACGAAGAAGGUCACGCUCCCGAGGAAACACCAGCAGUGGAAGUGAAUCUGAAAAUUCCAGCAGGGAUCAUCGGAAAAAGAGAAACAAGUCAAGGCAGGAAAACGAGAUGGUGGAUUCAGCACCACAAUGGGAAGCAGUAUUACGGCGGCAGAAGGAGAAGUCCCAAAAUGACCCUAACCAUAGGCGUUCCAGACAUCGCUCACGAUCAAGAAGUCCUGAUGUCCAAGCUAAGGAAGAGCUGUGGAAGCAUAUUCAAAAAGAACUUGUAGAUCCAUCUGGUCUAACUGAAGAGCAAUUAAAGGAAAUCCCAUACAAGAAAGUAGAAACUCAAGGUGACCCUAUUCGAAUUCGCCAUUCACACUCACCAAGAAGUUUUCGACAAUACCGGCGCUCCCAGUGUUCAGAUGGAGAGAGAUCGGUGCUUUCAGAAGUUAAUGCACGGACAGAUCUAGUGCCUCCAUUGCCUGUUACUCGUACAGCUGAUGCUCAGGGCACUGGAGGCUCACUUUCCCAACAGAAAAAAGCAGGAUCCAAAGACAACCUAACAGAAAGCCUGGAUGUAAAAUUUAACACAAAAGUUGUGAAGACAGUUCAGACACCAAGGCUAAAAGCGGACACGUGACCGGGACACAUCAUCACAAAGCUACUGGAGAAGAUCAGGAGCAAAGCCAGAGAUUCCUGGGAAAAUAGAAACUGUGAAUACUACUUUUUCCACCAUUCCACUCGUAAGAUGUGAAACAUGGACCAAUCUAAAAGUAAUUAAGUCAUUGCAUCACACAGCAGGCGUCGGUUACUUGUUACUCUGUAGAUAUCUGAUUUGUGCAUGGGCAUAUCAAUCUGGAAUAUCCAAAGGACUCCCAUAUGAAUGUUCUUUUAUUGUAUGUGGCUGCUCUGGUAAUCCAUGGAUUUUUUUUCUGCUUCUCUACUGGAUUCAUGACAAGAUGAAAAGGAUUCAUUUUAUGUUGCAAGUGCCAAUACCUCCAAGCUACUUGACCUCCAUUUUCUACAGUAUUAAAACAGUUUUGUGUGCUUAAAAUAAAUAUGUACAUUUAUAUAAAGCUA